GUGAGAUUAUGUCAGUGGUUGAAGAGCUUUCUACCAACAAGGAAGCUAUACCAUAAAUUUUCAACCUAGUUUUUGAUAUGUGAAAUUCUUGGAGUGGUUUAGCUUCAAGUGAAAUUUAUUCUUCAUGAUAAAGUAUAUGAUCGUCGGUGAUGAAAAUGUGAAAUUCUUGAAGUGGUUUAUCUUCAAGUGAAAUAUAUUCUUCAUGAGAGAGUAUAAUAGUUUUUAAAACUAUGAUUGUCGGUGAAGACAAUGUGAAAAUUCUUGGAGCGAUGUAGCUUCAAGUGACUAUACUCUUUAUAGUGGAGUAUGAUUUUCGGUGAAGACAAUGGAAGUUAAUGAAUUAUUUUCAAUCAAGGUGGAAAUGUUGGGUUUGGUUGAAAAUAUAUAUGUUGAAGAAGUCUCACAUUGCUUAGUUUUAUGAAAGAAGAAUGAUUCCAAGGCCAUAUAUAGGAUUAAAGUUUUCCUAAGUUCCACAUCGGUUAUUUUAGUGAUAGAAGAGAGAAUUCAAGGCUAUAUAUAGGAUUCAAGUUCUUUGUUACAAGAUGCACCAGUCAAAAAAAUUUAAGCUUUUUUGAUUCCGUUGAACCAACAGAAGCUUUUGUUGCAGUCGAUUACCUGUGCUAAUAAGAUAUCCAAGUUGUUCUUCCCAGCGUCGUCACAAAAUUACUGGAAGAUUACAUCCUCCCAGAUUAUCAAGUGAUGGACAAAGAGUGGACUAAAUUACCGUGGUUUAGUCAAGAGUACAUCAACGGUGUUACUCGAUUUUUAGACUUUUCCUUCACUAAUGGAAGACCUCAAGGAGAUGAGCUUCUAUGCCCUUGUGCUAAGUGUAAAAAUAUAUAUUGGAAAACAAGGAAUAUUAUUAAGGAUCACCUAAUAGCCAAAGGUUUUCUAAACAGUUAUGACGUUUGGUUGCACCAUGGGGAGAAACUACAAAGGUCUAUGGAAAUUGGUGAUGGGAUGGAAGAUCAAGAGGGAUCACAUGAUGACAUUCCUAGCUUAUUGCAUGAUAUAUAUGGAGAUAGGGCAGAAGCACACGAAGUUCAUGAAGGUCCCAAUGACGAGGCUAGAACGUUUUACAAUUUGAUUAAAGAGGCGGAACAAGAAUUGUACCCUGGAUGCAAAGACUUAUCUUCGUUAUCAUUCACGAUUCGACUCUACUUGUUGAAAUGUCUCCACGGCUGGAGCAAUACGUCAUUCACUGCCCUAUUAGAAUUGUUGAAAGAAGCAAUGCCUGAUUUGAACAUUCCGGUAUCAUUUUACAAGACAAAAGCCAGGAUAUAUGGUUUAGGCCUUGAUUAUAAGAAGAGAGAUGCAUGCCCAAACGAUUGCAUGCUAUUUUGGAAGGAGCAUGAAAAGGACAAUUCUUGCACUAUUUGUGAAGCUUCACGGUGGAAACAAAAUGCUCCAACUGAAGGAUGCAAGUCUGAGCAACCAAAAAAUGACUAUAGAGUUCCUGCAAAAGUUUUGAGGCACUUUCCGUUGAUUCCUAGACUACAAAGGCUGUUCAUGUGUUCAAAGACAGCUGAGUCAAUGAGAUGGCUGUUAGAACAAGAUUUGUUCUGAUCAAUAUUCUUAGUUUUGAUGAUAACAAUGUAUAUGAAUUUUGUAUAAGACAAUGUGGUACUCUAAUCCUAUGAAUUUUCCAUUUCAGGAAAUAUAUAUAAAGUAUGCACAAAUCAGCGCAAGAAGCACUCACUCAGAAGGUUCAAGUAUGCAACAUCAGAACAUGCUCUCGCAAGACAUCAGAAGAUGGUCAAGCAGAAUCAGAACAUGGUCUACUGAAGCAUCAGAAGAACUUGAGUUCAGAAGCAGAAGCACUGAAGUUCUUAUGGUAUCACGCUAAGAAGCACUUCAAGGUCAGAAGACAAGAAGAUGCUUUGCACCAAGAUGUUUGACUAUGAUUAAUUCAAACGUUGUGUCUACAAAGAUCAGAUCAGAAGCAAGUACAAGAUGGCAGGCUACGCUGACUGACAAAAGGAACGUUAGAAGCUUUUAAAGGCAAAUUCAGUUAAAGCAGGAAAAGCAAGGCUCGAGGUAGUUGACAAAAGAAUGAAACAUUAAAUGCAAUGAUGUACGGAUCACGCAACGCAUUAAAUGCUCCUAACGGUCAUCUUCUCAAACGCCUAUAAAUAG